CAUCUGGUCUGCACUCUCUCUCGCUCUCGAGCUUUCUGAUGCACUGAGACCGUGCAGAGCAUGUCCACAGGCUGUGUGAGGUCACUCUCAGACAAAGCCGAACACACGCUCACCAUGCACGAGCAUCUCUAUGGGAAUGCAGACAUGGACAACCAGAAGCUCAGCUCCGAGGAGCAUCAGCAAGACAAACUGACGCAGAAGAAACCUCGCAGGAAAGACACUCCUGUCCUCAACAGCCCUCCGCUCAUACCAGGCGUGAGAUUGAUGAAAACAGAAGCUCGGAUGAUUCAUCAGGAGGAGGAAGAGAAGGAGAUGAAAAAAUAGAUGUGUUUUAGGUCUUAAAAGCUUUUGUUCUCAUUUUUGUCAUCGUGUCAUGUCUGAUUGCUUUAUUAAUGCAGGUCUCGCAGGUAUAUUUUGCAUAGUCGUCAUCAUUGCUGUAAUGUAGAAACACAACUUGCACUGAAGUUAAACACUUCCUUUUAAUCACAACACAAACAUUGCGACGCUGACGCUUGUACAAUGCAAAUGAAUUUGCAAAUUCAUGUCUUACAGAGCAGAGAUGAUUCAGUCAGUCUCUGGCAAGCUGUGAAAGCUGUAUUUUCUGUAUGUUGUAUGUGUUGUGCAGGUGUAUCGGUGUUUGAUAUGUACAGCAGGUAUAGUAACUGGUUAUAUUUGGUAUAUGCAUAAAGAGAACUGUUUUUGGACUGUUUGAUUUCUUGUGAUGUGAUUUUCAUGAUAAUAUUACCCAAUUCCCUGUAGCACAAACAUAAUUCUCAAUACUGUAAUGUGAAGAAAUAUCUGCAUCAAGCAUUUGUUGUGUUGAAUUUAUGCUAAAUAAAUAACUAUAAAUAAGCAUUUAAAUAAAUCCUUCUGUCACAGCACAAAAUAAAGAUUUAUAUAUAAAUACUGUAAUAAAAUAAAC